CAAAAUUUAUAGGCCCAUGGAUGAUGGGCCACCAGGAAAAAAAAAAAAAUUUAGGGCAAAUUAUUUCAGCCACCCUAAUCGGCUCCAUCUCUCGUUCUCAACUCUGAACUCGCGCUCUCUCUCGCUCUGCAACUGCAAACUACAAAAUCUACAAGAAUCGGAAGUUCACCAUAUAUUUGAGUUUGUCUAUCUGUCUGCAAGAAUAAAAAGUUCAGCCACUCGCCGCUAUGCACUAUAGAAAGGUUCAAGCCCUUUCACCUUCUUUUUGACACAAACAAAUCGGGGAGCGUCCUUCCUCGUUAUAUGAAAUCAGUCCUUCUUACGGCUCUAGAGGCCCCUUAUGCAGCGGAGGUGACAACACCCAGAAAUCCGGGAUUUAGCACCCAAAACCCAUAUCGGCAUAUCAUUUCAGAUUGUUCAAAAAAUCAAAACCCAUAUCUUUCAGUUUCCAUCGCCCGCUGUUCCAGUUCGGGUUCGCCGUUCGCAAGCUUCAGCCGCUGUCUCUCAACUCUCGAGCUUGCCCCCCUCUCUCUCUGCAACUGCUAACUUGCAUGACCCUCGUCUCUCUCUCACUUCCAAACCCAAACCCACUCUCCACCACCCCCACUCUCUGUAAAAAUCAUUGCGUCGAGCUUCCUUUCAAUGGCGGCUUCCGAUUACAUUCGAAACAUGCAUGACAUCUCUCUCAAGCCUCGUCUCCUCCGUUCGCUGAUCAAAGAGCACGUCCCAGACGACAAACACGCGUUUCGAAGCCCUUUCGAGCUCUCAAACGUUGUUUCCAUUCUCAAGACUCACCGCCUCCUCUCCGAAUUUGUCCCCCCACAAUCCACCGAUCCAAAACUCGCCGAAAACUGGAAAGUUGCCGUCGAUGCAUGGCUCAAUCGAGUGUUGAUGCUCAUCUCUCACAACAUGCCAGAUAAAUGUUGGGCGGGAAUCUGUUUGCUAGGGGUGACUUGUCAAGAAUGCAAUUCCAAUCGUUUCCUAUCAUCGUAUACCGUUUGGUUCCAAAAGCUUCAAUUGAAUAUUCAGUCUCCAGCGGGUUCUCAUUUUGUUAAGGUGGCUUCUUGUGUCUCAAUGUCAGAUCUGUUCACAAGGUUGGGUGAAUUUCCUAAUGCAAAAAAGGAUGGGACUUCCCAUGCUGCAAAACUGGUUCAACCAGUUUUAAAGUUGUUAAAUGAGGAAAGCUCAAAUGCUGUAUGGGAAGGAGCUAUUUGUUUGUUAUGCACCAUUACAACUUUCUUUCCAUCUUCUGUCCAUCGACAUUAUGACAGUGCUGAAGCUGCUAUUGUUUCAAAGAUUAUGUCAGGGAAAUGCAGUUUUAAUCUGUUGAAGAAGCUUGGUCAUUGCUUAGCAUUACUUCCAAAAUCAAGAGGAGAUGAGGAUAGCUGGUCAUUGAUGAUGCAGAAGAUUUUAUUAUCAAUUAAUACUCACCUGAAUGAUGCCUUCCAAGGUCUGGAAGAUGAAACUGCAAGUCGCAAGGCUAUGACGGUAUUGCUUGCCUCGGGAAAAGAUCCCCCACCUCCCUUAGGAGGCCAGACAACGAUAAAGGAUGCCCCAGACCAAGCAACAAAGAGGCCUGAGCGAUUGUUGAUGUCCAGUGUCUCUACCUUGAUGCUUUGCUGUUGUACAAUGCUUACAAGUUCUUAUCCUGUUCAGGUAACUAUUCCUGUUCGGCCCUUGUUAAACCUUGCUGAAAGAGUGCUUAUGGUGGAUGGCUCUUUGUCACAAGCCUUAUUUCCCUAUAUGAUUGCCAUGCAACAAGAAUUCAUCUGUUCAGAACUUCCAGUUUUGCAUUUGUACAGUUUGGAACUUCUUACUGCAAUUGUGAAGGGAUUGCGCAGUCAACUAUUACCACAUGUUGCAGAUAUUAUACGGCUACUGAAGGAGUAUUUCGGGAAAUGUGCACUGCCAGAGCUAAGGAUAAAACUCUAUUCUAUCAUAAGAAUUUUGCUGAUCUCCCUGGGGGUUGGAACAGCAAUAUACCUAACCCAGGAUGUUAUCAACAAUGUAUUUGUUGAUUUGGAGUUUAGUGUCUCUGACAGUGGUGGUACAUCCAAUGCAUACUCAAAUUACCCUAACGAGGCAAUGCUGCAGCCUUGUAAGAAGAAAAGGAAACAUGCGACAACAACUGGGGCUGUUGAAGAACAGCCUGAUAUAGUUUGUUCAGAAGCUGAAGUGCACAAAAACCAUCCUCCAAAUUCUGUGAAGAUAGCUGCGCUAGAAACUCUAGAAGCUCUUCUGACUGUGGGUGGUUCUUUGAGAUCUGAGAGUUGGCGUGCAAAUAUUGAUCGUCUUCUUAUUGAUGUGGCUACAUAUGCUUGUAAAGGGGGAUGGGCCAAGGAGGAAAAACAUGUUUUCCUUCCCAGUGAAUCUACGCCAACUUGGGCAGAUUUCCAGCUUGCAGCCUUGCGUGCACUUUUGGCAUCUCUUCUUUCCCCAGCUCGUGUACGCCCGCCAUAUCUGGCUCAGGGUCUUGAGCUAUUUCGUAGAGGCAUGCAAGAAACAGGAACAAAGCUUGCUGAAUUUUGUGCGCAUGCUCUUUUGGCCUUGGAAGUGCUCAUACAUCCUAGGGCUUUUCCACUGAUAGAUUUCCCGUCUGCCCAAAGUGGUCCCUUUGAUGGAGUUAAUGGCAGGUUCCAAGAAAAUAUUUGCUCCGGUGGUCAGAAACAGAACACCCUAUUUGCAAGUGGUACUCUUGGAAAAGGACCCUGUGAUCCCGAUUCAGAUGAUGAGCUGUUUAAAAGUUGGCUGGGGGAUGAUGACGAAAUUGAGGUUCCAGUGACUGACCCAGGGAAGAGUACAAAUGACACUGAAGAACCUUUAGAAAGAAUUAAUGAGCCUUUGGCGGAGAAGCUUCCUUCUGUGGGUGGUUCAUCCAGUACACAUAUUCCAGAAGAAAUUGAACUCGAACCAGCAGCAGCCGUUGCAGCUGAGAGGAACGGAGGAAAUGGAGUUGAAUUAUUGGUUGACUCACAACAAUCUCAAGAACCCAUUUCUCAAGGGGGAGUGGUGCCUGCUGCUUUUGGUGGUUCUACGGGUGCUCAGUUUACUACGGUUGUUUUAGACAGUGAAGCACCAGAUCCUAUGGACAGUGAGAUGGCACAAGGUAAGGAUGUCUUGGCAGCUAAGGGUGAUGGGGUCACUAUAACAGGUGAAAUAGCUUAUGCUUCAAAAUCAAAUUCCGAGAGAAAUAAGGGAUUUGUGUUCGAUAUAGAUAGUGAUGAUAGUGAUUCAUCUACGGACUCAUUUCCAGAUAUUGUAAAUGCAGAUCCAGAUUCUGAUUGAAGCGGAAAUUUUGGCAAUAUCCAUGAAAAUGUUAGGAUUAGACGAAGGAGUAUAUCGAUGUAGAAUGUAGGUUGAUUAUGGUUCAGGGAUCACUCCCUGCUGCAAUGGGCAAAAGAUGCCUUGAAAUGUUUUCUGGAGAUUUCUGCUUCAUACUCAAACAAAUUAGUCUGUAACCAUAUAUAGAUAAUUAUGGAAGCCCAUGAAGCAGAGUUUCCAAUUGAGCCCAAUUUUGUGAUUCAGGUAUUUAAUUUGAGAUGGAACUUUUUUGUCAA